CGAGAAGGUCCAUUAUCUUAGUUGUUCUAACAUCAGAACAACUAAAGUGUUGUCUAAGAUUAGCUAAAAAUGAUUAUUCUUAUCCUGGUGUUGUGCGUCAUUGCAAUAUUUUUAUAUCGAGAGUAUACUCAUCAUAAAUACUGGAAAUAUAUUAACGAAAUCCCAGAACCUAAAGGUUUGCCGAUUAUUGGCCAUUAUGAAUUAAUGAAUCUAGGGAGUGAGGAACUUUUUAGACUCAUCCGCCAGAGAUCAAAAGAGUUUCAUCCAAUAUACAAAACAUGGAGCUUCGAGAUGUAUUUUAUUCAACUUUCAGGCCCACCUGAGGACAUGGAGCUAAUUUUAGGACAUUCAGAAAAUAACGACAAAAGUUUUAUAUACAAUUUUUUAAACAAUUGGCUUGGAACAGGGUUAUUAACCAGUAAUGGUAGCAAAUGGCAUUCCAGAAGAAAGAUAUUGACCCCAGCUUUCCACUUUAAUAUCUUACAAAAAUAUCUUGAAGUGUUCAAUAAAGAAACAGAAAUUUUACUUGACGAGCUGGAUAAGGCCGCUGGAAAGGAAUAUAUUAACGUAUUGAAACCAAUAACUGAUUUUACGUUAUUUUCAAUAGGAGAAUCCGCAUUGGGGGUGAGUCUACGCGAAAAGAAUUGUGAUGAAUAUAAGAAGGCUAUUCAUGAGUACGGAAAAAUUGGCGCAUAUAGAAUAAUGAAACCAAUUUUGUAUCUAGAUUUUAUAUUUAAUAUGAUUCCAGUCGGUAGGACACUUAAAAAAUAUAUAAAGACGUUACAUGAUUUAUCGACCAAUAUAAUUCGAGAAAGGGAGCAAAGCAAACAAAUGGACGGAGAAGGAAAUUUAUCCUACUCGAAAAGAAAAAGAUUGGCCUUAUUGGACCUAAUGCUUGAAGCAAGAGCAGCUGGUGAAAAUAUUGAUGAAGAAGGAAUUAGAGAGGAAGUAGAUACGUUUAUGUUUGAGGGUCAUGAUACGACAUCGGUAGCACUCUGCUAUAUUCUGUUAAAUUUAGCCAAUGAGCAAGAACAUCAGGCAAAAGUAUAUGAAGAGAUUCAAUCAGUCUUAGGAACAACUCAAUAUCCAACUCAGCAACAACUAGGGGAGCUCAGGUUCAUGGAAAGAUUCGUUAAAGAAUGUCUGCGUCUUUAUCCUAGUGUGCCAUUUAUUUCCAGAAAGACUGGAAAGACUGUACAUACUCAUUCUGGGUACACAAUACCUAAGAAUUCGACAGUUUUUAUACAUAUUUAUGAUUUGCAUCAUGACGCGACAGUAUGGGAGGAUCCAGAGAGAUUUGAUCCUGAUAGAUUUUUGCCGGAUAAUGUUGCCAAAAGACAUCCGUUUGCAUAUUUACCAUUUAGUGCCGGAGGAAGAAACUGUAUAGGCCAGAAAUUUGCUAUGUUGGAAAUAAAAGCUGUAUUGUGUGGAAUCCUUAGAAAAUUUAAAUUGGAAUCAGUAGACAAACGAGAAGACAUUAAAUUUAUAGCAGAUCUCGUAUUAAGACCAACUGGCGAAAUACGAGUCAAGUUUUCUCAUCGACAAUAAAAAAUACACUUACAUAUUACUCGAAAAUAAUAAUGCUCGAAUACUUCUACAUAUAUUUUUUCAAAUUAUCAUUUGAGAUCAAAUAAAAAAAUGAAUAAUUGUCAUAA